CCCGAAGAGAGCGACAGUUGUGAGAGCUUUUCCUGCAGGAGACGGUAGCGGCGUUCGCGGCCGCAGCGGGCGCCCGGCCCCGCCGGCCCCACCAUGCGCGAGCCGGCCUCCGGCUGUUGAGGCUCGGAGACGCGGAAGCGGCGGCCGGCAGCACCCGGCUCCCGCGCUCCUGGGAGCGUUCGGUCGGCCGGGCAGCGGCUGCGGCGGCGGCGGGAUGGAGCCCGCGACCGCGCCCCAGCCCGACAUGGCGCCGGAGCUGACCCCAGAGGAGGAGCAGGCCACCAAGCAGUUUCUUGAAGAGAUCAACAAAUGGACAGUUCAGUACAAUGUUUCCCCUCUCUCUUGGAAUGUGGCUGUCAAGUUCCUCAUGGCCCGGAAGUUUGAUGUGCUCCGCGCCAUAGAGUUGUUCCACUCCUACCGGGAAACACGAAGGAAGGAGGGCAUCGUGAAGCUGAAACCUCAUGAGGAACCUCUCCGUUCUGAGAUCCUUAGUGGAAAAUUCACCAUCUUAAAUGUUCGGGACCCAACAGGAGCUUCCAUUGCCCUCUUCACUGCCAGAUUGCAUCAUCCCCAUAAGUCAGUCCAACAUGUGGUACUUCAGGCUCUGUUUUACUUGCUAGACAGAGCUGUAGAUAGCUUUGAAACUCAGAGGAAUGGACUGGUGUUUAUCUAUGACAUGUGUGGUUCUAAUUAUACCAACUUUGAGCUGGAUCUUGGCAAGAAAGUCCUAAACCUGCUGAAGGGAGCAUUUCCUGCUCGUUUGAAGAAAGUGCUGAUUGUGGGGGCACCAAUAUGGUUCCGAGUGCCCUAUUCCAUCAUCAGCCUCCUCUUGAAGGACAAAGUCCGGGAGAGGAUUCAGAUAUUAAAGACAGCUGAGGUCACCCAGCACCUGCCCAGGGAGUGCCUUCCAGAAAACCUGGGUGGGUACGUCAAAAUUGACCUCACCACUUGGAAUUUCCAGUUCCUACCCCAGAUGAACGGCCACCCAGAUCCCUUCGAUGAGAUCAUCCUGUUCUCCCUCCCUCCUGCCUUAGACUGGGACUCGGUACACGUUCCGGGUCCCCACGCCAUGACCAUCCAAGAGUUGAUGGACUAUGUUAGCACCCGACAAAAACGGGGGAUAUACGAGGAGUACGAAGACAUCCGCCGGGAGAACCCUGUUGGCACUUUCCACUGCUCGAUGUCUCCGGGAAACCUAGAGAAGAACCGCUAUGGGGAUGUGCCCUGUCUGGACCAAACGAGAGUGAAGUUGACAAAACGAAGUGGCCACACUCAGACAGAUUAUAUCAAUGCCAGUUUCAUGGAUGGCUACAAGCAGAAGAAUGCUUACAUUGGUACACAAGGCCCUUUGGAGAACACCUAUCGUGACUUCUGGCUCAUGGUUUGGGAGCAAAAAGUCCUGGUGAUUGUCAUGACCACCCGCUUUGAGGAGGGCGGCAGGAGAAAGUGUGGCCAGUACUGGCCUUUAGAAAGAGACUCUCGGAUCCGAUUUGGCUUCCUCACCGUGACCAAUCUAGGCGUGGAGAACAUGAACCAUUAUAAGAAAACCACACUAGAAAUUCACAACACAGAGGAGCGGCAGAAACGCCAGGUGACCCACUUUCAGUUUCUGAGCUGGCCAGAUUAUGGUGUCCCUUCCUCGGCAGCUUCUCUCAUUGACUUCCUGAGAGUGGUCCGGAGCCAGCAGAGGCUGGCUGUCAGCAGCAUGGGCGCACGCUCCAAGGGGCAGUGCCCCGAGCCGCCCAUUGUGGUCCACUGCAGCGCAGGCAUUGGCAGGACAGGUACCUUCUGUUCACUGGACAUCUGCCUGGCACAGCUGGAGGAGCUUGGCACCCUUAAUGUGUUCCAGACAGUGUCCCGCAUGAGGACCCAGAGGGCCUUCAGCAUCCAGACCCCUGAGCAGUACUAUUUCUGCUACAAGGCAAUCCUGGAGUUCGCAGAGAGAGAGGGCAUGGUGCCCUCCAGUCACAGCCUCCUGGCCAUGGAGGGUCAGUAACUGUCCCGCGAGCCUCCUGCCUGCUGGUCAUCCUUCCUUAAGCUACCCCGGACACCGCUGAGCCUAUAGGUUGCCAUCAGUUACGCUGAAGCAAUGGACCAAACUGUUAACUCGUGUCUCUGGCGCACUCGUGCACGCAAGGCAGUCUGUCCCUUUGGCUAGAUAGAUGUGGGGAGGUUGCCGCUAGAAAGGGCCGGCAGCAAUGUGGUCUUAAUUCCUAGCACCUGCUAUCGAACUGUGCCUUAUGAAAACCAAAUUGUGGCUAUCAGUUUUUGCCAGGGGCCCCGAGGUAAGUGGGGAAGGAACGUCCCUCCCCCCUUUCCCAAUGCCGUUCUCCUUCUCGAGGUGUCUCUCCCACUCCUUCCCUUUGCUAGGAUUUGCUGGGAAGGUUUGGUGUGAGCGUCCACGCUCCUUCCCAGAGAGCUCGACCAAGUUACAUACUUUAGAGAAUGUCCCCAGUGCCAAGCACGUUUAUACCGAUGGCGUGUAUUCCAGUCUUUUCUGUCAUUCUGUGUGUGUGUGUGUGUAUGUGUGUGCACUUAACAUGUAUGGGUCCAUAUGUACGUGUGUAUAUAAUAUAUAUUGUAUGUGAUAAUAUGGUCGUAUUCUAUAAAUACAUAUACACAGAGAUACUCCUUUGUAGACGUUCCUGGGGUUCUGUGUUGCAGUUCAGGACUGCUUGCUCCUUGGACCCUGCUGCUUAUCCUGGACUAGCUGGGGCUGGGGAUCAUCCCUCUUGCUGUCAGACCGCAGAGUGGUGGAAGAGGACACACACGUCCAUCUUCACGCCCCUGCCACAGGCCUUCAUUCUCACAUAAUGACUUCUCCUUCCACGAGACUGCCCAUUGCAGCUGAGAUUCUGGUUUGUGGUGACACUGGUUUAACUCAGCAUGAAUUGCCCUUAUCUAAUGAUUUUACUUUGUUUACUUUACCAAUUUGAGGAAUAGACCUCCACUGUGAUUCCAGACCCCUUUCCUCUCACUGUCCCUUGGGGCUUGGGGUCUGGGAGUUGGUACGAAGUCGUAGAAGGAAAGAGAGGGAACCCAGGUGUGGGAGAAAGGAAACGACUAUGAGAAUCCCUCCUUGGGAGAAUGAGCUGGGGCCCCUUUUUCUUUUCUAGAAAGUUCCUUUCCUUAUGCAACUUGGCCCUGUCCACUCAAAUGCCCAUCUCUUCCUGCCUAGCAGCCUGCCACACCUUGGAGCUCAAGCUGGGUGGGUUCUGUGUCAAUAAAAAGCUUGACCCCUGGCUGGAUGAGGCAGUUGCGUGCAAUCACUGUUUGCCCCCUGUUCACCCAGCCUGUACCUGUGUGCCCCCUGGCCUGCCUGGCCUGACACACCAGGCCAGGAACCCCUCCAGGAAUCUGGAGUCCCUGGCCAGGAACCCCUAAACCUUCCCCCAUCACAGAUGAGGUUGGCGGCUGAUCAGACCUCAAUAAUUUUAUACUGUAAUAAGCUCUUUGAAUGUAUAUAUUCUUAUUUUUACAAUCUUUUCAUUUUGUAUUUAAGGUCAAUGGACUGAGUCAGAUUCAGAAAAUAAUUGUAAAUGUUCAUAUUCAAUAUCUUAUAGCGAUACAGUUUUGUAUUUACAUAUAAAUAUACCGACAUGAUCAAAUCCUUUUAGCUUCAUCAAUUUAGUAGCAGUCUGGGGCCGGGAAGGUGAGAGGGGAUCCAAGAGCUGGUCUGGGAGGGAUGGGGAGGCAGGGAGGGACCCGAGGCCUGGGUAUCUGAGACUCAGUUCUCAGAGCCGUCUGCCUUGUCCACAGGCCAUGGCCCUAGUCCUGGGCAAGCAAAGGGCACCACCAGUUGAAUGCUAGGUGGGUGCCAAUCUCUUAGCUUGGGCUAUUCCCCCCAUCACCUCAUUCAAACCUAACAAUAAUCCAGUGAGAUGAUGAUUCUCACUCCCUUCUUUCUGUGUAUAGAUGAGGAAGGUAAGGUCCGGAAGGUUAUAGCGAUUUGCUCUGGAACUGGAGCUCAGGUUGGUCUGCUCACAAAGCCUUUGGCCUCUUCAUUGCAGUGCCCUUUCAAAGAUCAAGAUAGUGUUUUGUCCUUGGGAACCAGAAGUUGGUUUUUUUUUUUUUCUUUAAGCUUUCCUUUCAGAGUAUAAACCAUUCUUAAAUUCCAGGUAGUUGAUCCCUGGGCCCAUGAUGCAUGUUGGAUAACAGAGUUGGCAAUUGAUGCUCCCAGGUAGAACCUCCUGGCAUCGGGCCCUGAGGCCUACAGAGUCCCAAAGGGGUCAUCCUCCCAAGUAAACACCAUGUGUAGGGGUACUCUGGUCUUCCUGGGAAGAUCUGGCAUCUCUCUCAUAGGAUGGAACCAGAAGCUCUGUCCACAUAGCGCCACUUUCUGUGCCAUGUAGCUACUCCUUGUUUACCAGUGCCAGCCUUCCUGGUGGGAGCAGUUCUGGCCUGGAGAGUGUGCAAAUAUUGGGGUGUUCUUAAUAAAA